UACUCAUCAAACUGUUUCCGAGCAAGGACUAUCGAGUCACGCAGGAGUUGAGUUGAAAGCACAGUGCGAAGUUCAGAUCGCACCAUCCGCGUGAACCCCAAGGUAAUUCGACUUUGAACGUGCCUGAGCACCUCGAUAACGUCAAUCUUGCGCACCACAUCCAGAAAAUUCCAUAUGGAAAUCAUAACGCCAAAUGAUUUCGAUGGCAGCGCCCGCAAACGAAAGCGACGUACGGACCGUCCAUGCGAUGCUUGCCGCCGGCGCAAGUCACGAUGUGUGACAAAAGAGGAUGAGAGCGAUUGCAUGCAUUGUCAAUUGCGGUGUACGGCAUGCACAUAUGAUGAGGGCACUCGUCCUCGAACGGCAGCAAAGGCCACUGCAUCUGAGACUCGAAAGAAGACGCCCUCGAGAGCGACGGAGGGCUUCGCUGCUGCCUCACCUAGCCGAGCUUCGCAAUACUUCAGGCCCAUCAAUGGACAACAUCAGUCAGAGAAAUCGCAAUCGCCUUCAGGUUUUCAGAUUACAGGGCCGCCCUCCAAUUCUACCCUUCGAUCCACGGACCCUGGGCAACUGGUGCCCGGAUCAUUGCCAGUUCUAGGCUUAGCUUCUGAGAGAUUCGCUGAGCUGUACGGGCUAGGGAGUGACAUGGAGCCCAUACUUAUGCGGCACAGGCCAUACGACAAGACCACACAUGAGUUCAGUCUGGAGACACACUCUAUACGCAGAGUUGCGGAGAAAGACAACGGUCAGGAGUAUCCUCUAACGUUCCACAUGGCAGCCGACAACAAAGCCAUCGAGGGAGACCCUACCUACACACAGGUGGACGCGGUCGAGGCAUGUGUUAGCCCUCAUGGCCCAAGUCUUUUAGAUCUCUUCUGGCGCCAAGUACAACCUUGCUAUCCAAUAUUAUCCAAAGACACUUUUGCGCACGCCUAUUCUAGGAGUUAUCGUCACAUCCCUGCCGCGUUACUGGGGGCGAUAUAUCUAUGCGCUAUGCGAUGGUGGACCUAUGAUCCAGAGUUGUCAAUCCGAAGCCCACCAGACGGUACUCUACUCCGGAAACUGCUGAAAGAGUCGCUCCCCUCAUCAUACCACCGCCCGAAACUAUCUUCGAUACAAGCGGCAUUACUCCUGCUCCAGUGUCAACCCGAGGAUCCCCUGAACCCGGAUCACACCUAUCAAUGGGGCAUAACAUGCCAAGCUUUGGCUGUUGGACAAUGCUUAGGUCUGCAUCUCGACGCUACGAACUGGAGUAUACCACCAUGGGAGCGGAACCUGAGGAAAAGGUUAAGCUGGGCACUCUAUAUGCAGGAUCGCUGGACAGCCUUGGCAUAUGGCCGGCCCGUCCACAUCCACGAAGACGACUGGACCGUGCCAGACCUGACUCACGCUGACUUUACAGAUGAUGACACGAUUGCGGCCAGCGCCGACGAGGAGCGGAAAUCCAUAGGCGCGACUGGCAGAAUACAGUUCAUGCAAAUGGUCAGCCUGGCCAAGAUCUUAUCUUCAGUCCUGUCAACGUUCUACACGGCCAAAGCGAGCCGCGAACAAGACACGGUUAUCCUCCAUGAGAAGGCAUACCCCUUGCUCCAAGCUCUCAACAAUUGGUACUCGGCGGUUCCAGCCUCGCUGCAGAUGGAAGUCACGUAUCAGCGCAAGCUUUGCUUCCAUGGCCACCUGCACUUCUCAUAUUACGGCGUCGUCAUGGCCAUCCUUCGCCGCCUGGUCCGCUCGACGGCUCUCCCUCCUCGCUGCCUUGACCAUGCUGUGCUGGGCGAGAUUCGCCAGAUCUCCCUGGAGACGGCGCAGUGCGCCAUCGCAUUUGUGACCAGUCUUCGACCUGACCACAUUGAGGCCUUUUGGUACUUCACUUCCCCGUACCUGUACUCGUUGCUCGGGUCGUUCACCACUCUGCUUCUUGUUACUUCACUCUCUACCCAGGAACGCGGUUUCUGGCAGGAAUCCCUCAACUCAUAUCUGUGGACCCUGCGUAUGAUGAGCAAAAGUUGCGAGCCGAUGCAGUAUGCUGUCAACAGACUGGAAGGUGCCAUAUUGCGGGGAUUGGAGCAUGCACUCGCGGUGAAUCUGAACGAACCGGUCGACGACGAAGAUGUGAGUCCCAUGAUGGCGAACUACGGGGGCGACGUGUUUGAUUUUACAGAUUUCGGGGACUGGGACUUGGCGGCCACUGGCAAUGAGGGCGCAUUCGACUUACUCAGUGCCAUGGCGUUGCAGCCAGGAGCUAUGCCUGGGAAUGGCAACGGCCAUGUGUAGUAAUCCGGUCAAUAAGCCGUGGGGACUGUAUCACUGUCUGAGUAUAGGCCAGUUUAUCCAUUGACCCGAGGCAGCGAAUAAACUCAUUCGCAUCGGAGUGUGUUGGCGACAUUCUGGCCAGUGUCAUCAUCUCUUGGUUCUACCACG